CCAGUAGCUAGCCCCACCACCUAAGAAGGUACUGAGGAUGACAGUAGCAGAAGGAGGAGGGAGACUUGUUAGACAUGCACUACUAAGGACAGCUGCCAUUACUCUAGAAGGCUGCCCCAGCCUGUCACCCAGCUCCAUGGAGACAGAUGAGGCCAUCAGCAGGAACUCCUAGGCAAUGUGCAUUAACUGGGGGAUCAUUCAUGUAAAUACUCCCAAUGCUAGCAUACACAGAAACGAGAACCUCCUUCCUUCUGGUUAGAAAGAGUUGCUUGCAGUGAGUUGUGCGCUUUGUUUGCUGCAUAUCCUCCUCCCAUCGCCUCCUCCUCUUCAUGGAUCAGCCACACACCAUGGAGGGCAGCCGCAGCCCGCAACCCCUGGAUCAGGAGGGCAUAGAGUCCUGGCUGGACGAUAACUGGGACUUCACUCACUCCUACUUUGUUAGGAAAGCUACAAGAGAAAUGGUCAAUGCAUGGUUUGCUGAAAGAGUGCAUACAAUACCAGCAAUAAAAGACGGAGGGAAAAGCAAUACAGAAAAUAACCAGCUGGCCGCUUCUUCCGAUAACACCAACCAAGGGGCACCGGUCAGAAAGAUAUCUGCUUCCGAGUUUGAUAGGCCUCUUAGGCCCAUCGUGGUUAAAGACUCUGUGGGAACUCUGACAUUCCUUGCGGAUUCUGAAAAGAGGGAACAGAUGCCGCUGCAACCCCCCGGCUUAUCCAGUGCAAGUGAUCAGUGCUCAAGGCUUUUGGAACUGGUUAAAGAUAUUUCAAGUCAUUUGGACGUCACUGCUCUAUGCCAUAAAAUCUUUCUGCACAUUAACGAACUAAUUUCUGCUGAUCGAUACUCGCUGUUUUUAGUCUGUGAGGACAGUUCCAAUGAGAAGUUUCUGGUCAGUAGACUUUUUGAUGUAGCAGAAGGCACAACAUUGGAAGAGGCUUCAAAUAACUGCAUCCGUUUAGAAUGGAAUAAGGGGAUUGUGGGGCAUGUGGCAGAGUAUGGGCAACCUUUGAACAUUAAAGACGCUUAUCAGGAUUCCAGAUUCAAUGCGGAAGUCGACCAAAUUACUGGGUACAAAACACAAAGUAUUCUUUGUAUGCCAAUUAAGAACCACAGAGAAGAGGUGGUUGGAGUGGCUCAAGCAAUCAAUAAGAAAUCCGGAAGCAAUGGAACAUUUACUGAGCAGGAUGAGAAGGACUUUUCCGCGUACUUGGCAUUCUGUGGGAUUGUACUGCACAAUGCACAGCUGUAUGAGACAUCGCUGCUUGAGAACAGGCGGAAUCAGGUACUCCUUGAUCUUGCUACGUUGAUCUUUGAAGAGCAGCAGUCAUUGGAGGUCAUCUUAAAGAAGAUUGCUGCAACAAUUCUGUCCUUCAUGCAAGCUCAGAGAUGUACAAUCUUCAUAGUGGAUGAGAACUGCCCUGAUGUGUUUUCCAACGUUUUUCAUAUGGAGUCUGAUGAACUUGAAGAACAUGCAGAUGCCAUAAAAAGGGAGUAUGAUGUAAACAAAAUUAAUUACAUGUAUGCCCAAUUUGUGACAAACACCAUGGAGCCGCUCAACAUACCCAAUGUCACUAAGGACAAGCGAUUUUCAUGGACAAAUGAAAAUGAGGACAGUAACACGAAGCACAUCCAGAGCCUGCUCUGCACGCCGAUUAAGAAUGGAAAGAAGAAUAAAGUGAUAGGGGUUUGCCAACUUGUAAACAAGAUGGAUGAAAACUCUGGCAAACUCAAGGCCUUCAACAGAAACGAUGAGCAAUUUCUUGAAGCCUUUGCAAUUUUCUGUGGCUUGGGGAUCCAGAACACCCAGAUGUAUGAAGUUGUGGAGAGAGCAAUGGCCAAACAGAUGGUGACAUUAGAGAUCCUUUCAUAUCAUGCAUCCGCUGCUGAAGAGGAAACAAUGGAGCUGCAGGUAACAGCGGGAACUGUGGUGCCAUCUGCACAAUCACUUAAAUUAACAGACUUCUACUUCAGUGACUUUGAGCUCUCCGACAUGGAAACCACAUUAGCCACAAGUCGGAUGUUCACAGACCUCAACCUUGUGCAGACCUUCCAAAUGAAAUACGAGACUCUCUGUAGAUGGAUUCUAAGUGUGAAAAAAAAUUAUAGGAAGAACGUAGCCUAUCACAACUGGAGACAUGCCUUCAACACAGCGCAGUGCAUGUUCGCUGCCCUAAAGACCGGCAAGAUUCAGAAUAAGCUGAGUGAUCUGGAGAUCUUAGCGCUGCUGAUUGCCACUUUAAGCCAUGAUUUGGAUCACAGAGGAGUGAACAACUCGUUUAUACAGAGGAGUGAACAUCCAUUAGCCCAGCUAUACUGCCAUUCUAUCAUGGAGAACCACCACUUUGACCAGUGCCUCAUGAUACUAAACAGCCAGGGUAAUCAGAUCCUGAGCGGCCUCUCUGUCCAGGACUACAAAUCUGCGCUGAAGAUGAUAAAGCAGGCCAUCCUUGCUACAGAUUUGGCACUUUACAUAAAGAGACGAGGGGAUUUUUUUGAGCUGGUAAAAAAAAGAAGUUUCAAAUGGGAUGAUCCGGCACAAAAAGAACUGUUUUUGGCUAUGUUGAUGACUGCUUGUGAUCUGUCUGCAAUAACAAAACCCUGGCCAGUCCAGCAGCGGAUCGCUGAACUUGUUGCCACAGAAUUUUAUGACCAAGGAGAUAAAGAGAGACAGGAACUAAAUAUUGAGCCAAUUGAUCUGAUGAACAGAGAGAAGAAAGAAAAAAUACCCAGCAUGCAGGUUGGAUUCAUUGAUGCAAUAUGCUUAGAACUCUAUGAGGCCUUAACACAAGUGUCUGAAUCGUGUUACCCACUACUCGAAGGCUGCCUAAGGAACAAACAGAAAUGGCAAGUUUUAGCAGAGCAGCAAGAGAAGGGUCUGGUGAAUGGUGACAACAGCCAGCCAAAACUGAACUGUGACAUGGAUUAAGUAAACAGCAAUUUAUAGUCUUGUGGUACAAAAUAGUAUUACACUGUUUGGAAAACAAAACAUAUUUUGCCACUGUUGUAUUUAUUAAUUUCACAUUUUCGUUUAAGGAAAUAGUAAGAAAAUGUAAAUGGAUUUACAUUGUAAUAUUUUCUAGAGAAGCAAUAUAUUUUCUGAAGUGUGUAAAUUUACACUACCCUUUGUAGGCUCUUAGGAAUGUCAUCUUGAUUCCUUUUUAUAUUGUCCUUUUAGGACCAGUGCCUUAAUGCAUGGGUGCCGUUUAUACUUUACAGGGUGACCUGUCUUUGAAUACAGUAAUAACAAGAUCAGUCUACAAAUGCCAUUCAAAAUGAUAUCAGAUUUGUUUAUAGCAUACUGUUCUUCGUCGUCUGGAAAGAGUGGCUUCUAGAUAAAAAGGAUGUUACAAGUUAUUGAGAGUUCUAUAGCCAUGCACAGACAUGUGUUGGUGUUGGUGGGGGCAGGGGGUUGUUUUAUACAGAACACAGAUCAGAAGUUGCCUCUGAGGUCCUAUUGUUUUGUAGUUGGGGUUAGAUUCCUUAAGCACUUUAGUUUUAAUAGCAUUCCUAAUACUAAAUGCUAAUAUUUUCUAUUUUCAUGAUUACACAGAGUGACACCAUAAUUACUGAGAAUUAUUUUACAUGAUUAUUUACAAGUUAUAAUGAGAUUAAUGGAGGAGAUAAGGACGAGAUAAGGGCAGGAAACAAAUUAUUACUCCCUCUUGAAUAGACUGGGAAAAAUGUAUAGCCAAUGUCAACAAAACCGUUUUACUAAUGGUCGGAUUUAAAAAAAGGCUGGAGGGUUUUAGAAAGAUUUGGCCUUUUCAGGGAUUACUGCAUGGAAAGGUUAGGCAGGCUAAUCUGUAGAUAUUGGGGGAUAUUCAGGUUUGCUAGCAAGCCAAAAAAGCUUGCAAUUGGUCAAAACCAUGUUGCACUGCAGGUGGGGCAGAUGUAACGUGCAGAGAGAUAUGGAUGUUGGUGGGCUAUAUUGUUUCUGUGCAUGGUAAAUACUGGCUGCUUAAUUUCUACACUGCAAUUUAGAUUUCAGUUUGAACACACCCCACCCAAAUCUAAACCUCUCUGCACAUGUUACAUCUGCACCACCUGCAGUGCACAUGGUUUUGCCCAAUUGCUAACAAACUUGAAUAAGACCCAUCAUCUGAAAUAUGCUUUUGUUUCCCUAAAAUGUCCUCUUUUUUUAUUUCAUCUUUUAUUUGUAAAUUGAAUUGUAAUGACCCAAGUAUAGGCCCAAUUUAUCAUUGCACUUGUAUCUUAUGUAAGACACUUUAGCAGCAACAUGUGAUUUAGGCAGGUCUAGAAUUGUACUUAGAAAUAUUGCAGACAAUUUUUGUAUUUCUAUGUGCAAUAUUUUUAUGUUGUUAUUGGUGUAUGGACAUUUUCCUGUCUAGUGAAACGCCAAUAAUAAAAAUACAGUUACUAAGAAUAUUAGACGUUACCAUACAAUAGCGCGAGCCUGCAGGCUGAGUACUGUUAUACAGGUCACAGGAUGCCAAGGGGACUUCAAACUUUCUUAUUUUACAGUAAAGGGAGGUGGAGCAAAUUUCUCCAACUUUUAUUAUGGAAUAAAUGAAAUUAGAAGGAGCGAUUCUGCUAUACAAUUGUGCUUUGCCAUUAUUGGCAUUUAAGAAUACUCCAUCACUGAUUUAUUUUGAAUGAUUUGUGUGACAAAGCAAGAGAUCAAUAAGGGAGGGGUGAACAGCAUACUUACCUACCUUAAUGAGUUACUUUUUUUAAUUCUUCUGGAGAUGAGAUGCAGGAGACAGCUGAUUAACAUCAUUAGGGUCCCCCUUCCCACCGGUAUUUUUCUCCCCAUCCUACUCCAUUCAGUAGGAAGUGUGGCGAGAUGCAGGAGGUCUCUUCCCUAAACCAAAAAUGUGUAAGUGUCCCGUAGGUAAUUAUGCUGGACAGGCUAUUUUGAAGAGGUGUUAAGUUCCACCAAUACAAAUUUUCUGUUCCUCUUCUGCUUUGCAAUUUGAUAAUGUAGACUUUUCACAGUGUGUUUGGGAGAUGACAGUCAUUUCACUCUGUGGUAUGGUGAGGUUUGAAUUGUGGGUAGAACAAAAAUGAUUCUGUUUAAAUUUGUCAAAUUCCUGACCCCCAAAUACACAAUGAGGUGAAUAUGCCAUGGAACAGUGAUCGGUAGACAGAAAGAGCAACACACUAUUCUCCAGCUAUUAGUGACUACCUCACUGCUUUCCAAAAAUCAGGGUCUAUUGUAUUGGGGAAUUGAUUUGUGUUUUACAAUAGUAAUCUGCAGUAGAUUGUUGUGCUAGUACCAUUUAUAAUGUAAGUGAACACAUAUUUUUAGAUUUCCACAUCUCUUACUGUAAAAAUCAGUGACAAGACAACCAAGAUUUAUCCAUGAUGUAGCUUUUAAAAGAAACAUUUAAGAGCACUUUUUUUAAUCAAGAUACUGUUUGUUGUUAUUAUUAGCUGACUCCACUAUUUGGAUUUACUUAUGUCAUGUGUGUGUACCACCAGGGAAACUGGGGCAAUUGCCCAAAUAUUACAUCAUCAGCAAUGUGGUGGCACUGUGGCAUAUGUAAACUAGGGUUUCUAUAUGGCAUAAUGUGAAAUGGGGAUACUAGAGUGUGUUUAUUACAUUUAUGGUGCUGGAGUAUUUACACAUUACACUUUAUAAUAACAUUGACAACAUAGGAUAUUAUUGACAUUUUUACUGGUAGAAGCCCCACAAGUGUGUUCCCCUGAGGACCCUACAAACCUGUGUCCCAGGUCUGGAGAGACCAAAACUUUUUCAGCCUACAGCUCCAGACAUUGACUGAAUUAGCGAAGACAAACUUUAGUCUUCAUAUACAAGUAUAAACCAUAUUUGACAAAUUGGGAUGCGGUUAAAUUACCAGGUGUCCGGAAUCCUAGCGUUCAGGAUACAGGUGCCGGAAUCCCAACACCCGGUGAAAUUUCGGAGUCUGUCUCCUGACUGCCGGGAUCCCGACAGCCGGACAAUCAUACUGACCCCAACAGAUUUUCACUCAACUCACAUCUAAGCUUGUGACCUGCAGGUUUAACCUGCUUAUACAGUAACCCAGCUCACCUGGAUGGGAUGGACUUAGUCAUCAAAACAUGUUUAUUGUGUAAGUGCUAGACUUCCUGGAACAGUGAUUUCAACUGGGUAAAUUGGAAAUUCAAAAUUUACAGUUUAGCCUACUACAAAUGUUUACCAAUGUAAUGAUGGGUUAUUUCAUGUGUAAACACAAAUGUAUUUUACUUUGCAUAACUUGCACUUGGUUACAUAAGCUACAAUCUAAUAAGACUCAUUCACUGAAAAAAAAAAAUUGAAAAAAAUUAUAUUUGAUCUGAUGCCAUGCAAUAUAGUUUGACAAAAAUAUUAAGAGUCCAUUUUUGGUGUGAUAUUUUCACAUGAAAUUAUUGGAGUAGAGCUGAUAGUGAAUAUUGUAAUCCCGUGUUUAUCAAUCCUACAACUGUCCUGUAUUACAUAUGCACUUCAAAUGUGUCUCUGCUCUGUCAAAUCAAAAUUGGAACAUGUGUAAAGCAAUUGCAUGUACUAACUAAAAACAAAAGGAUUAAGAGCAAUCAUUUUAAUGUGUGUGUUGCAAAUGCAUGUUAACACGAUUGUCUGUAAAGUCAUGUAUGUAUAAUAUAUAUGUGGCCAGCUUCACAAAUUGUGUAAACAAUUAAUGCAACAAUAAUCAGCACAAACUUCAAGCUUGAAAAUGGAAUUCCAGUACUAGAAUUUAAAUAGUGUAGGUACCUUCAAGGAAAUUCCAACUUUUUUUAUUUUUGAUACUUGUAUAUACUGUACUUCAGUAAUUCAUGAAUUGUAGUGAAUGUUUUAUAUCGUCUGUCAUUUUAAAUUGUUUAGCUUCUUAAAAUAAAAAAGGUUUCAGAAUGAACAUACAGUCACUGUAAUAAGCUAAUGCACUUAAUGGUCAUUUUUAAAAGAUGUUAAUUUAGUACACAAAUAUUAUUUAUAGUAACAAGAACAAAUGGCAUGUAGUUAAAAAGGUGAUGUUUUCGCUAUCGGCACUCAAAAUGUCAGCAGCAUAAAGUUGAGCGUAGAAUGCCGACAGAGUAUCAAUGAUAUUUUUGCCAUGUCAACAUUAUGGGCCAAAUGUAAAAGAGGGAGAGAUUCAGAAAGUGAGAGAUUUAGUAAGGUUUUCCAGUUUUUUUUAA